UGCACCCCCGCAUCAUGGCUGAAUUAACCUCACCAAUCCGCAUCGGUGACCUCGAGCUACACCACCGAGUCGUAAUGGCCCCAUUAACCCGCAAUCGAGCUGAUGCCCAACAUGUCCCGCUCCCCAUAUCCCGCUCCUACUAUUCUCAGCGCGCCUCCGUCCCUGGCACAUUGAUCAUCACCGAGGGCACCUUCAUCUCCGCUCGCGCCGGCGGCAUGGGCCAUGUGCCCGGAAUCUGGAGCGAUGCCCAAAUCGCCCAAUGGAAGACCAUCACUUCCGCCGUUCACAGUCAGGGCAGCUUCAUCUUCUGCCAACUCUGGGCAUUAGGCAGAGCCGCCAAGCCAGACGUCCUCCAGAGAGAAGGCGGAUACCACGUAGUCUCGAGCGGAGACAUCCCCAUGAGCGAAUCCAGUCCCGCCCCAACCCCCCUAACGGAGGAAGAAAUAUCCGGGUACAUCACCGACUACGUCCGUGCGGCGCAGAACGCUGUCGCCGCUGGGUUCGACGGCGUCGAGAUUCACGGCGCGAACGGCUACCUUCCCGACCAGUUCACACAGUCAGCGAGCAACAACCGCACCGAUCAAUGGGGCGGCAGCGUCGAGAACCGCUCCAGGUUCGGCCUGGCUAUCGCACAGGCUGUGGCGGACGCUAUUGGGCCCCAGCGCACUGGAUAUCGCAUCAGUCCCUGGAGUACCUUCCAGGGAAUGCGGAUGUCUGAUCCCCGACCGCAAUUUACGCAUCUCGUUCGGGGCUUGGCACAGUUGAACUUGGCUUAUUUGCAUGUGGUGAGGCCACGGAUUUCAGGAUCGACGUCGGUGGAGGAUGCGUCUGGAGAGGAGGAUGAGUCGUUCCUGUUUGAGGCGUUUAGGGAUAAGGGGGCUAUUAUUCUCGCGGGCGGGUUCACGGCCCAGACGGCUACUGAGGCCCUUCGGGCGCAUCCCAGACAUCGCGUCGCUAUUGCCUUUGGGCGACAUUUCCUGGCCAAUCCGGACUUGCCGUUCAGGUUGAGGGAGGGAUUACCGCUUAAUCAGUAUGAUCGGCCGACGUUUUAUACGCCUAUGUCGCCGAAGGGGUAUGUUGAUUAUCCGUUUAGUGAAGGGUUUAGUCCUUCUCAGGGGAAGUUGUAGUGGAAAUCUAGAUGGAGUCGAAUAGAUGUUUCCUCUCAAAUCUUCAGCAUCUUCAGCAUGUUUCUUGCAAUAAACAUAUGGUUAUAACUUUCUCUGCAAUAGCAUCGGUCAACUGAAGAGGUAGUUUGGAAGGUGGCAAGAAGAAGAGC